UUAUAAUAUUGGAAAUUUGAUGGCUUUAAUUAUUUUUGGUUUGUUUUUAUUUUUCUUGCGACCUCUCAAAAACAUGCUAGGCGCCAAUACUCUUCUCUUUCGAUAUUAUCCUACUCCGAUUGCUACGUGUGUUUUGGUUGUCUCGGGUUUUUUUUGUAUUUCCGGCUCUGACCUUUUUCUUCACAUGGUAGUCAUUUUUUGGGCGGAAAGGCUCUGGACCCAUAAGCUGGGUAGCAGGGAUGGCGUUAGUCUCUCGUAUCUAGUGAAAGGCUCUUUAGGCAUUUCUACUCCCGAAUGAUUCAGAAGAAGCGCCUUUCCUCAAGCCACGCCCGCUUUUUUUAAAUAUUUUCGUCUGCCCUUGAAAUUGGCAUUUUUUAGGAUCAUGUCAGCUCUGGGCAUUUUUCCUUCUCAUUUUUAGAGAAAUACGCGCUUUCCUCAAUAGAACUCACUUUAAAUCAUUAACAAAAAAAAUAUACAAUCUCUCC